AUGGUUCUUUCCACUCCUCUCAAAUUCAAAGCCGGCAAGGUCGACUACAACGAGGAAACCAAGGUGUACACGCCGAACCCCACCAAAGGCGAGAUUGUGAUCAGCCAAAGCGACGAGGGAGACGAGUUCUACCUGUUUGUGUGGAAACCGCGCGAGACGACCGUUGGCGGGGUCGAGUCGGAGGAAUUGCUUGUCAUUGCUGGCGAUGUCACGUGGAAAAAGGUCAACUCGUGCAAGACCGGAAGAGUGUACAUGCUGACGUUCCUGAGCAGCGGUGCCAGAAACCUGUUUUGGAUGCAGGACAUCAACGACGACGAGAACGAUCCGUCCAAGGAGACAGAGAAGGAUAAGGAAAUUUUCCGCAAGAUCAACGAUCUUUUCAAGGAGAGCGAGUGA